UAACACAAUCCCUUAGGAGUGUAGAAUAAACUUUCAAAGAAUGAAUCAUCUGUUCGUGUUAACUUUUAUUCUGCUUUUUGCCUUUGCCUUGGGAUCCGAAGGUGAAUUGACCGAAAUGUGCCAACCACAAUUAAACAGAAGAGACCUAUUCGACAUAGCCGUGUUGGCCGCCAUAAAGGUUCUCAUCCGUCAGAUUGAGAGCUACAACGAGGAUCGGCCUAUCUCUUCAAGCCUGAUGGUUCACAUUACGACUAUGGUCUCCAAGUACAUCCUGACCGGUAAGAGCGUAAAGUUCAUCCUUCGGCUGCUCUAUGUGGCAUGCCGUAUGAACAAACCGCUGACACAAGAAAAUAAAAAACAAGCUCCAGUCCGCACAGCAUUCUUAUGCUUGUUGGAAUUGGGCAAAGAAAAGUGCUAUACAUACAAGGAAAAGGCGGAAGGAGACUUCUCUGUGGAGUUGCAAUGAAUUGAAUUGAAUUUAUCCGUGAUUCUUUCAAAAUUACUUGAUGCAAUUCGAAUUAUAAAUAAAUUUAUAUUGGUUAUAGAUUUUCGG